GCUCGCAUUGCCAUCCACCAAAGCCAAGAGCAGCUCAAGCCCACCGGAGGAGAGAGAGAAAAGAGGAAAUCAUGGAGGCGAUUUGCUGUGGAGAUUCGGGUGUGUGAUCUGGUCGGAUCUUGCUUUCCUGGGAGGAGGAAGAAGAAGAGGUGGAGGUGGCCGCGGUGUGAUGCGGUGGGUAGUUUGCUUAUAUCCUCGAGAUGCCGCAUUAGCCAAGCCAGCCACACCCAUCAUCAUCAGCUUCCUCUCCCUAGCUCCAUUGCCGCGGCAGCAAGAAAGAAAUCACCAGGAGAAGACUUCUUGGUGGUUUGAUAUGCUUUGAUUGAGCCCCUGGAGAAGAGAGGAACAGAGGCUUUUUUCUCUGCGGGUUCUUCAAUUAUUCAGGGUUUCUUCUGGUUCUUGUCUCGCCAUGACGGUGGUUGAUGCGGAGUCGCGGUUCCAUGUCCUCGCGGUGGAUGAUAGCCUGAUCGACAGGAAGCUCAUCGAGAUGCUGCUCAAGAACUCGUCCUACCAAGUGACCACUGUGGAUUCUGGGAGCAAGGCCUUGGAGCUGCUUGGAUUGAGGGAUGAGGGUGAUGACUCCUCCUCUUCACCUUCUUCCUCCUCACCUGACCAUCAGGAGAUUGAUGUCAACCUGAUAAUCACUGACUACUGCAUGCCUGGCAUGACAGGGUAUGAUCUGCUCAAGAGGGUGAAGGGAUCAUCUUCAUUGAAGGACAUACCAGUUGUGAUCAUGUCUUCUGAGAAUGUGCCUGCAAGGAUCAACAGGUGCUUGGAAGAUGGUGCAGAGGAGUUCUUCCUGAAACCUGUCAAGCUCGCUGACAUGAAGAAGCUCAAGUCUCACCUGCUCAAAAGGAAACAGCAGCUGCCCAUGGCUGCUGCUGCACCAGAUAAGCCGCCACACAAACCAGAUGAAGCUGCAGCCUCAGCAGCUGCAAUUGCUGAAGCUGCAACAGCUCAAACCGAUGGAAUCAUCAGUGAUUGCAGCUGCAGCGGCAGCAGCAAGAGGAAGGCGGCUGCAAUGGAGCAGGAGGUCAUCUCCUCACCUGAUCAGAGGACGAAGCCAAGAUUGUCCUCCACUAGCAGCGGCCUUGCAGUGGAGACCUGAUGAAACUGAAUUAAUUAGAAUCCCCCCAACUAAGAAAUGAUUUUGGCCUCUUUUUCUGUUUUGAUUUUUUUUAUGGAGCUGCUCAUGGAAGUAUGGAACCAUUAGCUCCUGGGGGUUUUAAUUAAUUUACUUAAUUAGUAGUUUGAGGUGAAAGGAAAGUCCACGUACUUUUACACUAGCUCUUGCUUCGAUCCACAAAUUUUGUUGUGCCAAAGGAACACCAUGGCACCAAGUGGUGUUCGUUAGAAAAGGAGUUGUGGGAAUGAAAUGGAAGGGGAAGUUGUAGAUAAAGGCAGCACCUUGGAUGCUUUUAGGCUAAUUUUAAGGCUUAUUAUUCAAGCUGACUAGUGUUUUGUUUGAACUUGGAGAGGAAAAAGCUAAGUGCUACUGCUACUAUGAAUUGUCUAGCAGAUUGAUGGACCAACCAACUGGUCUUUUGCAAAUUGUCCAUGUAUUCAUUUUUUCUGAA